AUGGGUACUGGUGUGAGUGUGCAUGUGUGUGCAUAUGUGUGAAUUGAGGGCCUACAUGCUCGCUCUCUCUCUCUCAGCUCCUCUCCACCCAUGAAGGGCAGACACACGGUUUGUGUAACAUUUUGCAGCAACGACAGGGGAGCCAGCCUGAGCCUGGGAACCUCAGCUCUCUGAUUUCAGCAGAAUGAACACCAGAGGAGUCUGGAGAAGAUGACAAAGACUGGCAGACUCUCGCUCUCUCUACACUGGCUGGAUCCCACAUAUCCGACAUCAUUCCAUCAGUUCAUCUGAUGAGAUUUAGUCUCCAAGGUUUUCCAAUCCUUUCCACUUCCACUUGCACAGUUGUAUUGCUGUUUUGUGCACAAAGGCACCAUGGGAAACAUAGUCCAGUGCUGUCACACACUGUCAAACUACUUUAAGUGUAAAGAUGCACGGGCCAAGGGUGAGGCAGAAAGAUCCCCUCUGCUAUCUAGCGAGGAGAGUGAUCCUGACUCGCCGAGCUUGACGGACGACAUGGAGGACGAUCUGUUAACUGUCUCCACCGGUGUGACAAACCCAGCCCUCGAACCAGAGCACUUCCUGUUUCCGGACAUCAUCCUGAGCAGCAACCUGGGAGAGGACGUGACUCUGGUGGAGCCGAUGGUGUGUCUGCUGGUGUCUGAGGAGGAUGAGGGAGCGAGGGUGGAUGAGCCAGGAGAUGGAGGACAAGAGAGGAGCAACAGGGGGAGAAACAGGGGGUAUUCUGAGGUUGAGACACAGACUGAGGUGGAAACACAGAUUGAUAUGGGGGUACAGACUCAGACAGAGUCACAGGCAGAAGUUCAGGCACAAACAGUGAUCCGUAAUGUGACUGUGGAGAGAGGAGUAAACACACUAACAAAUUCUGGCACUACAAAAGAGAUGGCUGUGGAUGAGGAAGCUGAACAGGAAAAACUGAAAGAGACUCACAUCCAUGAGGACCUGACUUUAACAAAGCAUGCAUUUCAAACUGAACAAUAUAUAGAGCUAAUACAGGAGUUAAACACAGUUGACGACAAUGUCUUUAAGUCAGAGUGCACCUCAGUGAUGCUGACUGAACACAAUGUAAACAAAAUGGAUGAGAACAUCGCUGCAGUGGAGUCACAAAAGUACAUUCAGCCGACAAAACCCAGCAUCAAAACCACUGAGACUGUGGAGACCUUUGACCCUGCUGAGGACCUGUCACAACAGAGUAAUCGGGGGAAUUACCAGAUGGGACAGGCGACUGUGGUGUCAGAUCAGAAUGUAAUUGAACAUAACAUUAGCCACACAAAAACAAACCACCACACAGGUCAGACAGCAGAUGAGGCAAUUUUAAAUCCAGAUCAUAUUCAAUGCCAGGAAAAUUUGGACCUACUAAAGAGGGAAGAGGACAACAACAAGACUUUUCUGCAGCGUGUUUUGGUGACAAUUCUGCCACAGGUGGAGGAAGAGGAAGGGGCUGAGACAAUGCAAAUGACCUUGUUUUCAGUUGACAGGUUGUUUAUGGCAGCAGCACGUGUCAAAGCGCCUCCAAGUCAAAUUGAAGACCCUGAGGAUGAUUGCCCAGAGCAGUCUGAGCAACUUAGCAUCCGUGACAUAGUCAAUCUACAAGAGAUGGGCUUUACUGUCAGAAUCCAACCACCUGGGACAGAAAGUUUUCAGCUUCAGGUGUCAGGCCAACUGCUGGUGGCGGAGCUGCAUCAGGUGCUGAUGGAGCACGAGAUCACCUGCCACCGCACAUGCUAUUCCCUCCAGCUGGGAGGCAUCACACUUGACAACCUCGCAGAGCUGAGCUCCAUCGAGGGCAUCCAGGACGGAGCUGUGAUCAAGGUGGUGGAGGAUUCUUAUUCAGUGCGCGAUGCUCGUCUUCAUCUCAGACAUGUACGGGAUCUUCUGAGGAGCCUUGACCCCGCAGAUGCGUACAACGGAGUCAACUGCAGCUCACUGUCUUACCUCUCCUUUUACACCAGAGGAGACCAGGACAGUGACAGUAAGAGGAUAAGGCGAGCUUCUGAAAAGGAGUCUAUUUACUGCAGCCCUCCAGAAUAUGUCCUCCCUGGGUGUAAGGACCGGUUACUUACUCCACUGCAGCCGGUCAGAGAUGAUGGGAAGCCAUUACAGUGCCUGCGGCUUCUGACCAUGAGCAGCUGGAACCCCCCUCCAGGAAACAGGAAGAUGCAUGGGGACUUAAUGUACCUCAAUGUCCUGACUAUGGAAGACAAAGAACUCAACAUUACAUCUUCUACACGCGGUUUCUACCUCAACCAGUCAACUGCCUUCAACUUCAACCCCAAGCCAGCAGUUCCCAAGAUCCUUUGCCACUCUCUAGUCGAGCUGCUGAAUCAAGUCAGCCCUGCUUUCAGAAAAAACUUCAGUGCCCUGCAGAAGAAGAGAGUCCAGCAACACCCUUAUGAGCGGAUCGCAGCACCUUUCCAAGUGUUCACCUGGAUCGCCCGUCAUGAAGACCACACCCUCGACUGUGUCCGAGCGGAGGAGACUCAUACCAGUCGCAUGGGCCAGGACGAGCACACAGCUGGGCAGAGUCGGGACUGGAAUGAGGAGCUGCAGGGAUGCAGGGAACUCAGCAGGAACUCCCUCCAGGAGCGCCUGCAAAGAGAGAGGAGCAUAUUCAAGACCAACAGUGACUUUGUUGCUGCUGCAACACGAGGUGCUGUAGCCAUUAUCGACGGUAACGUGAUGCCGUUAAACCCAGGGGAGGCACCUCAUAUGCAGAUGUUCAUCUGGAACAAUAUCUUCUUCAGCCUGGGGUUCGACAUGGCUGAGCACUACCGCCCACUAGGGGGCAACACUGCUGCUCAUGCUGCUGCCAUCUGUGACCUGAGAGGAGCACAGGCAUAUGUAUCUGUCGACAUAGAGGGGCUUCACACACUUGGAACAGCUGUAGUGGAUUACCGUGGUAUCCGUGUUAUUGCCCAGACGAUUGUUCCUGGGAUACUGGAGAAAAAUCAGGAGCAGAGUAUAGUCUACGGCUCUAAUGACUACGGGAAAACUGUAUUUACACACCCCAGGUUUCUAGAGCUUCUGGAUAAAACUAGUAAACCACUAAGAAUCCAACGUCACCAGGUGCUCGACCACAGCAACAGCCCUGUGGACCUUUGCUCUGGCAUUGAGACCAAAGGCAUCCUGGGUAAUGACGGAAGACCCUACAUUUUGGACCUUCUGCGCACCUUCCCUCCCGACCUUAACUUCCAGCUCUCAGAGACAGAGGAGAGGAGCGAGGCGCCGAAAGAGUGUCAGAGCUUUGGUUACCCCCAGAAACAUCAUCACAGCCUGGCCAGCCUGAGACCAGAGCUGAUAGAAGCCUUCGUGCAGCAAAGGUAUGAACUUUAUGUCAAGAUGGUGUCCCAGGGGCUCAUCCAGCUGGAAGAACAUGAAAAAGCCACGGAGCAGAGUGAAGAGCUGGUCUGUGAGCCCAGAACCGGAGACACAGCCACAGCCGAAUUUCAGAGAAGAAAUGUGAUCAAGGAAGCUUGUGAGGCUGUUGGAUCAGUCAGUGACUCUUGCUUUGACAUCCGCUUCAAUCCUGAUGUUUGCUCUCCAGGUGUUAGUGUCUCCUCCGAGUGUGCUGAGGAGGUUCAGAGGCAGAGACAGUUGUUAUGGGACGCGGCUGCUUUUCUACUGUCCAAUCAGAUUCCAGCAGUGCUGAGGGACUGUCUCGACCACACAGCAGUGCCGAUGGAUGGAGCGACCCUGACCUCAGCGCUGCACCAGCGGGGCGUGAACGUACGAUACUUGGGCACCCUGCUGAGGGAGUUGGACAGGGUGGACGAGAGAGGGAGACUCAGCCACAUACAAAGAAUUUCUAUCAGUGAAGUCAUCAUCAGAAGUGCAAAACACAUCUUCAGGACCUAUCUACAGGACGUCGAACCUGCAGUUUUUUCCGCUGCUGUCAGUCACUUUUUGAACUGCCUCCUGAGCUCCUCCUCCUGUUUCCCUGACUCCUGCUCAGAAAAGCAACUCCCUCGCCGCAGGAGCCGACGUCGACGGAGCCACGGGAGUCGAGUCUCCUCGUUGACAGAUGGUGUGUGGGCUAGACUGACCCCUACUGAGCUGUGGAGCAGGGUCAGGACUGAGGCUGGAGAUUAUUACCACUACACAAUUGACAGUGAAAGUAUAGAUGAAGUGAUAGAAAAGCACAACCUUCAGAGGAUCUCCCUGCUGAGAGAGAUUGCCAUCAAGACGGGCAUCCAGGUGCAGUUGAAGGAGUAUGUGUUUGAGUAUCGACACAGGCCAGUGUUUAGUGAGGAAGAUGUUGUCAACAUGUUCCCUGUGGUCAAACAUCUUAAACCUACGGGAACGGAUGCCACACGGCUUGUGCAACACGCACAGGUAGCAGUACAGCAGGGGCUUCUCAAAGACGGAUAUGAAUUGAUUAGCCAGGCCCUGACUCUGUUCAGCAGCGUAUGUGGGGUCCUGCAUGAGGAUGUGUGCAUGUGCCUGCGUCUCCUGGGACGACUCAGCUACAUCUUGGGGGAAUAUGCGGAUGCCCUCAGCCACCAGGAAAAGGCUGUUAUGAGUAGUGAGAGAGUACAAGGUAUAGACCAUCCACAGACCAUACAAGACUAUACUUACCUGGCCCUUUAUUGCUUUGCUGGAGGCCGGCUUUCGACGUCCCUACAGCUGCUGUAUCGUGCUCGAUACCUCACCCUGCUUGUGAGCGGAGAAGACCAUCCGCACGUCGCACUCCUGGAUAGUAUGCUGGGUCUAGUGCUUCAUGGACUGAUGGAGUAUGAGCUUUCCCUAAAGUUCCUGCAGAAUGCCUUAAUUUUGACCUCAAAAUACCACGGUGCCACAUCUCUGAAGUAUGCACACGGUCAUCACCUGCUCGCCACUGUGUACGAGAGUAAAGGAGAGUUUCGAUCAGCUCUGCAACAUGAGAAAGAGGCUUAUUCAAUAUACAAGAGCCAGGUUGGUGAGGACCAUGACAGCACGAAGGAAAGCUCAGAGUACCUUAAGAGCCUUACUCAGCAGGGUGUGAUCCUUCAGAAAGCCAUCAACCACAUUUACAGUAACACACCUAGUGACUGUAUUCCACCUCCAAAGUUUUCCACACCAUGCCUUCCCACAAUCCUUCAGCAGCUCAACCUCACAUGUGGAAUCAUUCUCAUUGCCCUCAGUGCUAAAGACAUUGCAGAUCUGAGGACUGAGUUAAAAGGAAAGGAAAAGUCUAAAGUGGAAGAGCUGGAAAAAAAGAUUUAAGAACGGCAGACGACAACGAUGAACUAGGGACUUAAAGGACAGUUACAUUAGAAAAGCUGUGUAUUCAGUCAGAGUUUUGAAAAUGACCACUGGCAAUGAGCAACAAUGGCAAAUGAAAGGUGUUAAUAAGUAAGUUAGCCUACUUUGGACAAAAACUAUAUCCAAGUAACAGACAGGGGCAGAUGACUCCUUUUAGAAGGAGGACUUUGUUCUACUGUUGUCUGGGGAGGAUUGGACGUUGAAGAGAGCCGCAGCCAUGAUAAAGCUCUUGUUGAAAAGUAUGGGAUGCAUGAAUGAACAAUGCAAGCUGUAAUUUCAAGGCCAAUAUGUAUAGCCAAAAUGUCCUGUUUGUCAGAAAAAUGCAUAAAUAAAAU